CCUCUCACAAUACACAUUCUUUCUUUGUUUUUCCUCACUCUCUGUCCUUGAGGGCGUAUUGCAUGGCGCAAAGCAAAUACGAGGCCAACACUAAAAGCUUCACCUUUCAGCUAAACCAAGCAUGUGGGUUCUGGCCACAUUGCAGCUCGGAAGCCUUGCCUGCUCUGGUGCACUGUGUCUUGGGAGACAGCGCUAACUCGGCCAGCUCCCUUCAGCGUGCUGUUAGCGCUGGAAAAAGUAGACCCAGCACUUGGAAAGCUGGCAGCCUCGUGCGAUGGACAGGUGGAACUGGCAGGCGACAUACCUGGAACAUGGGCCGUUGGGCACUAAGCACCACCGCCGCCCACUGACAACUUGGUGGCGCUGGUUCAAUACUGACUGAGCCACAAUUCCCAAACUGGCGUGGUCCGAUGCACUGACUUCCCACUACCAUCUGGUCGCCAUCACAUGUCUAGCCAAUCUUGCAUUCGGACAUGCAGCCCCUCUGCUUCUACUCCUCCUUUUUAACCUAACCAAGAGCCCUAGUCGGUGUCGAUUUCUUCUCCUUCUGAUGCUAGCAAUAAUCUGCGUUCAGAGGCAGCAGCAGCAGUUCUGAACAGUCACAUAUCGUUGCCCUGUUGCGUCUACAAGGGCUGCAACGGGACACCAUCUACCAUGGCGUCGAUCGUCUCCGACUUUAUUAUCAACCCGGUCCUGCGACAGGCCAGGCGCUUCUCUGAGAUCUCAAGAACAACAUUUGGCGGCGAGGACGAUGCUCCCACCCCGCGGCCAGGCGCCCUCGGUGCUGACGAUGUCGUGCCCGAGGACCCAGGGCUAGAAACCGCCAUCGAUUUGGAAACGUCGUCGACAGAUCUACCAACGACUCCAGAUCGAGAUGUCACUUUUGACGAAAUCAUCACAUCAAGUCCUCCGACUGUUCCUUCGCCGCGAGACCAUCUCGGCUUUCCUACCACUCCGCGAAAAACCGGCCCGAUCCCGGAAGAUGAUGGAAUGGGCUAUCUCCGAGCAAGAAUUCACAGCAUCAAUGCCAAAGAGCUGGCGCAAGAUGAAAAAGCCAGACAAAUCCAUGACGUUUUGACCGAGCGUUACCGUGCUUCAAGAGCCGUUGUAUUUCCCGGCCUCUCGCCCGAGGCACCACGACAGUCUACCCCAAGCGGCCCCAGCUCGGACUCGCCGGCAGGUAUUGAUCCUUUGAGAUUCUUCCGCCAAGAUGAACAACCUCCUCUGGAGUCAUUUAAUCUUACCGCAGAGGACAUCAUGCCUACAUUUGCUCCGAUUCGUCCACCAAAGGUUGUGGAUGGAAUUGAGCCGACUACCCCACCUCCAACAACGCCUCCUCUGGGAUGCCAACAUUAUGAGCGAAAUGUCAAACUGCAAUGUUCAACCUGCGACAAAUGGUACACAUGCCGAUUCUGCCACGAUGCAGUCGAAGAUCACAAUCUGAUACGUUCCGAGACAAAGCACAUGCUUUGUAUGCUCUGCGCAACUCCGCAGCGUGCAGGCGAAGUAUGCGUUACCUGCGGAGAGGUUAGCGCCAACUAUUACUGCGAUAUUUGCAAGUUAUGGGAAAAUCGCCCGAGCAAACCCAUCUAUCACUGCGAAGACUGCGGUAUAUGUCGACGCGGACUCGGUCUAGGAAAGGACUUCUUUCACUGCAAGGUGUGUCGAGCUUGUAUAACAACAUCUAUUGAAACAUCGCAUAAGUGUAUCGAGCGGUCAACAGAUUGCGAUUGUCCAAUUUGCGGAGACUACAUGUUCACGUCUCCCAAACCAGUCGUCUUCAUGGUAUGCGGCCAUAGCAUUCACAAGAAGUGCUACGAUCAACACAUGAAGACUUCAUACAAAUGCCCUAUUUGCAAUAAGAGCUUGGUAAACAUGGAGACCCAGUUUCGCAACCUGGAUCUCGUCAUUCUCAGUCAGCCAAUGCCACCAGAGUUUCGAGAUACCAAGGCCGUCAUCCUCUGCAACGACUGCUCUGGCAGGUGCACUGUGCCUUAUCAUUGGCUUGGGUUGAAAUGUGCCAUCUGCCAGUCCUACAACACUGUCGAAUUACAAAUUCUAGGUGGCUUACAUGAUGGGCAAGCUCCACCCGGCGCUCACACUGAACGACCAGAGCUUGUCCCUCUGCAGCACCCACAAUCACUCGACGAUGUACCGCCCAUGCAGACGACAUUACCGCGAGGUGACCGGACCGGAAGUAUUCUCGCAGGUCGCCGUAGACAUUCUUCCAACGGCGUCGAGCUGCAACCGCGCGUGCCUGAACGAACCGCAAGAUCCUUAUCGCCUUUGAGUGUGGCAGAGAUGCCCUCUACCCAUGCCGACUUGGAUGGUGACUCUGACAACGACAUUCUUGUCUUUUGGCGCAGUGGUGACGACGACAGCUCAAGCGAAGAUGACGACGACAAUGGCAGUGAUAAUAACCACGAUUCUGAAGAGGAAGAUGAUGACGAUGAGCAUGAAAUUAUGCUUAUUGGGCAUCGCUAAAGUUUUGAAUGUGAUGAAUGAUGACAACAGCGGUUGUUUUUCUUUUUAAAAAAAAAAUUUCUUUCACGGCAUCAGUACGGCGUAUACGGACAGCGAGCGGACAUUGAUUCAAAGGUAUAUAUGGUUUUGAAUUUGCAACAUUUUAUUUAUUCGGCGGCAUAGAACGUUUUGCAAUAGCAUUUCCAGCGAAACAACUUCAAUAUCUUCAAUAUAUGUGAUAUUCUUAUUGUACGCGUGUCUUGUACUUUUAGUCUAAAUCAAAAUAAUCCUUCAAGAUGACAAAAACGCCAUGUGAUCCUGCGCAAAUAUGUACUCCUGACACCAAAAAUCAACCGAAUAUCAAAUACUGUUUCGUCCAAGUCGUCAUAUUGCGUGGCUGUAGUCUAUGCCUGCUCCGCAUCUUGGGCCUCCUGACGAAGUUGCUUAACAACUCU